GAUGUUUGUUGAAGAUUUCUCAUUCUCAAGGCCACAUCUUAGGGCACACCUUUGACCAUACCUUUGACCAUACCUUUGCCACUAUUAGGGAACAAUGGCAGCCAGACAUGUUCACGGCAUCGUGCGAUCUGACAGUGAAAAUUGUUUCUCACAACGCAGCGAGCAUUGCCUCUACAAACAUGUGGGCCUCCUCCUACUCAAAUCAACACCCAGAAGAAGCAAGCUUCAAGCAGCCGAACUUUCGACACGCUUUACCAGCGCUUCGAAAAUGGGCCGAAAACCUGCGCUCUUCCUCGACAUCUCACAGAUAAACUCCACACCUCUAACCAACGCAAAAUCCUCCCAAAACCCCAAGCAACACACCAACUACAUAGACCUCGUGACCAAACUACGCAACCCCACAGCAGCUGAACCCAUCAACAAAUGGAUGACCACAGACCGAGUCGUAGGCCGACCCAUCGGAGCGUCAAGCCCGAAGCAGAAACUGGUAAAGCCAUGGCGACGUGACUCGUGUGAGCCAGAGGUAACAACAGAAGCGUACGAGAACUUCUUUGAGGAAGCUAUGAGUGGGUCGCUUAGUGGAAGCAUGGGUGGGUAUGUGGCUGCGAGAAUGACGAAGGAAAAGGAAGUCGACAAGGAGAAGAAGGUGGGCGAAGAUGAGGAGUCCUCUGAAGCGCUGAACCAGGUUACUUCUAAAGCAGCCCCUUGGCUCGAAGAGCCAACCUGGCAUCAGAAGCCAGUGACUGAACGCUAUGCAUAUCCCAAAGAUGCCUAUAGGACGCACCGCUCUGAUGAAGGGUACUUGACGCUCUUCGCUUCCCUAGAGAACAAGGACAAGUAAAUAGUCCCGCUAGCAUUGUCAAUAUGAGCUUUCUUUG